GGUGUACGAACCGCUUUCAUUUGCGUCUUCUGAUUGGAGUUAAGUUUUCAAGUUACAUGGUAACUCGCGGCUUUUUUUCGUGUUCUACUAAUUAUUAGUAAUAGUAUAACGUUCCAAUAAAAGAAGAGUGAAACCGAAGAGAAAUUGAAUAUGGGUCGCUACAGAAGUCGAAGUCGCGAUAGAGACAGGAGACGUCGGUCUCGUACAAGAUCUCGUAGUAGAUCACCACGAGACAGAAGAAGUUGGGGUGGUAGCGGGGGUCGGGAUCGAGGCGGAGGCAGAAAUAAUCGUGGUCAACCAGGAGCAAAUUUGAGAAAACCUCGUUGGGAUCUGAGCAGACUGGAGCCUUUCAAAAAAGAUUUUUAUGUGCCACACGAGGCAGUUCAGAAUCGUGAUCCACGAAUCGUUGAACAAUAUCGAAGCGAAAAAGAAAUUACUCUUAAGGGAAAAAAUAUACCCAAUCCUGUAUUUACGUUCGAAGAAACAGGUUUUCCCGAUUAUGUUCUCAAGGAGAUCAAACGACAAGGUUUCACCGAACCUACGUCGAUUCAGGCACAAGGUUGGCCAAUUGCUUUAAGCGGAAGGGACAUGGUUGGAAUCGCGUCAACUGGUUCUGGGAAAACAUUGUCUUACAUAUUACCAGCAAUUGUGCACAUUAAUAGUCAGCCGAAAUUGGGUCGAAAGGAUGGGCCUAUCGCGUUAGUAUUAGCUCCUACUAGAGAGCUCGCGCAACAAAUUCAGCAGGUGGCCGAUGAUUUUGGGCAUUCGUCGGGUAUUAGAAACACUUGCCUAUACGGUGGAGCACCGAAAGGUGCGCAAGCUAGGGACUUGGACGGCGGUGUAGAAAUAGUUAUAGCUACACCUGGUAGAUUAUUAGAUUUCCUUGAAUCAGGUCGUACAAACUUGAAAAGAUGUACCUAUUUGGUACUAGACGAAGCGGAUAGAAUGUUAGAUAUGGGAUUCGAACCCCAAAUUAGGAAAAUUAUCGAGCAAAUUCGACCAGACAGACAGACGUUAAUGUGGUCUGCCACAUGGCCGAAAGAAGUAAAAAAUUUAGCCGAAGAUUUCUUAAAAGAUUAUGCUCAAAUUAAUGUCGGUUCUUUACAAUUAGCUGCAAAUCAUAAUAUAUUACAAAUUAUCGAUGUUUGUCAGGAUUACGAGAAAGAAAACAAAUUAAGCACUCUUUUGAAAGAAAUAAUGGCAGAGAGUGAAAACAAAACAAUAGUGUUCAUUGAAACGAAACGCAGGGUAGACGAAAUAACUAGAAAAAUGAAGAGAGACGGUUGGCCUGCUGUUUGUAUACACGGUGACAAAACGCAGCAAGAGAGGGAUUGGGUUUUGCAAGAUUUUAGAUCGGGAAAAGCACCAAUUCUUGUUGCAACAGAUGUUGCUGCUCGUGGUCUUGACGUCGAAGACGUCAAGUUUGUCAUCAAUUUUGACUAUCCCUCCUGUUCGGAAGAUUAUGUUCAUCGAAUCGGUCGAACAGGUCGUCGACAGAAAACUGGUACAGCUUAUACGUUUUUCACGCCGAACAACUCGAAUAAGGCCAACGAUCUGAUCCAGGUAUUGAAGGAAGCGAAUCAAGUGAUCAAUCCAAAGUUACUGGAGCUUGCAGAUAGUAAAACCGGCGGAUACGGGAGACACAGAGGUGGACGAAACCGAUGGCGGUCUCGGGGUGGCCGCAACGGGAAGGAUCGCAGCUACUCGAGAAGCAGGAGUCGAAGCCACAGUAGGGAACACAAUGGCCGUGGGAACCGUAGAAGUUACAGUAGGAGCUACUCUCGAAGUCGUAGCCCUGUUAGCAAUCGUACAGAGGUUAUCGGUAAGAGUUAUUGGAGCAGCGAAAGAUGAUCUUCCAGCAGCGACUAAGGACCAAGAGC